AUGCUCAAAGAUCACCUCAUCCAUGAAUGUCUUUCAAUCAUUCUACAACCCCUGAUGAAAGCUGCUGAACUUGGAAUCAUGAUGUCUGACCCAGUAGGAAACAUCCACCAUUGUUUUACCCCCCUUGCAGCAUACAUUGUCGAUACCCCUGAGGCAUGUAUGCUCACAUGUUUUGGGGACAACUUUUAUCACCCUGCACGUACACAUGAAAUUACUCUCGAGCAACUUGCCAGCAUUGAUGUUGAUCCCAAUAACCUGGAAGGCUUUUUUGCUGCAUGUGCAGAAUUUCAGCUAAAUGGUGGCUGGCUGUUGAGUGAUCCUGCAAUAUUUCUUACACCAGAAGCUUUGCAUCACUGGCAUAAACAGUUUUACAACCAUGACAUGCAAUGGUGUCUUGCAGUUCUUGGAGUGCCGGAAUUUGAUUUCCAAUUCUCAAUAUUACAACCUAUCACAGGUUAUCACCACUUCCCCAACAGAAUAUCCAAACUGAAGCAGGUCACAGGCAGAGUCCAUUGUGAUAUACAGCACUACAUUUCUCCCGAACCUGAUGACAACUUACUCACAUCUAUUGACAGAUCACUCACACUAUUUCAUGAUAAUAAAGAAGUUAUCAUGACACUAGGUGCUUGGAUGGGUGCAAAGAGAGUGAUUGACAAUUGGCACAUACCCAAGCUAGAGCUCAUGCAGAGCAUUACCACUAGCACAUGCCAAGUUGGUGCCCUCAUCCAGUGGUCUGCAGAUGCAACUGAACAUGUGCAUGUCUCUGAAAUCAAGGACCCAGCGUGA